ACGUAAGACUCUCACCAGCUCAGCCACAACUCAUUGGAUCACUGCCAGUGCCAAUGCCAUGAAAGCUCACAAGAACGUUGUUGAGCCAUCUCAUUGGCCGAAAUAUCUUCGAUAUACUCAAUCGUACAUAUACCACUCUUCUGUAUCAUUAGAGGUCAAGAAAACUAUCAACGAGGGACCCAAAUCCUCUCAGCGCAGUAGUUCCUCCCAAAAUCACAAUUAUGUUGUCAUUCGACAUAUCACUGAGCCAUCACAUCCAGCAUACAAUCAAUUUGGCCUUUUUGCCUCAAAGAAGAUACCUGCAAAGGCGCAUAUCUUAGACUAUAUCGGUGAGAUCCAUGCAGAUGAACGCUUAACCUCCGACUACGAUUUAUCUUUACUCCGCCUGCAAAACGGGGAGAGCAUUGGAAUCGAUGCCAGUACGACAGGGAAUGAGGCACGAUUCAUUAAUGACUAUCGAGGCAUCAAACUCAAGCCCAAUGCUGCUUUCAUAGAUUACCGUACAGAUUUAGGGGAGCUCAAAAUGGGUAUUUGGGCUGCUAAUGAGGACAUUAAGAAGGGGGACGAAUUGCUAGUAAGUUAUGGCAAAGCUUGGUGGAAGGCUCGGACCGAACUGCAGUAGAACGAAAUCAAAUAUGUUUAUCUACAUCUCAUACUAUUUUCUAUCACACG